AUGCCCCAGGUCAUUCUAUCAAUGGGUGUCUCUUACCGGCGCGUGGUGGCAGUUUUGACCAGGGUGAGGCCCGAUGACGGUAUAUCCGUCAUUGAUAUCAACGAUCCGAUGAAGCCAGCGUACUGUCAUAUCCUCACAGGCAAACCAAUCGUAGCGGAGGAAUACAUCAGGGUAUAUUUCCCAGCCCCCGAGCCCGGGGCCAAUCUGAAAGAUGAAGACAUAGAGCUGGAAAAGGACAUUGCAGCCGUAGUCGCCACUCUUGAUGAUGUCAGACUGGUUACGACGGAGAUGCUCGCAGAAGUUUGGCCUGCGGAGUACCCUCCCGACGACAACGAACCCGCAGUCCCAGAUGAACUCCCAGUCCAGGUUGACAAUAUCAUCCCCCAGUUGGCCGACCUUGUUAUGGGACCUGCGGUUGAGCAAUCCAUCGCACAGGGUAACUUCGAUGGAUUAGAGCCUUUCGUCUGGGUACCGGAGAAGGCUAAAGUAAUCAAAGCAGCUCUACGAGGCAUCGAUCCCUUUCCUGAUGUUGCUAUUUCAUUACUUCGCCGUGUCUACGAAGCCCAAAGCAAUAAGAACGAACUCGAUCUAACUGGCCUCCCCCUCCCAUCCGACCAGAUCAUCAACUUCGUAUCUCAGUACAAUGACGUAAAACGUCUCAAACUUUCGAACAUGCCCCAUGUCACCAUAGACACCGUGCGCAAGUUGUUAACCUCGACGCCAUCGAUCUCACAUGUCACCCUCCUUGGCACGCGGAUGGAGGACGAAUCCAUCUGGAAACUGUUGGAUGAGGAACCCAAGCUCUUCUAUAACAUGGAGGCUCUGGUCCACCCUGCCCUUCUGAGAUUCGCAAGCGCUGCACCAUACAAGCCUGCGUUCAGUUUCCCUGGUCUUUUGUUGUCAUUCCUGGUCGGUGGUAGCUGCCCCUCGGUGCCGUUCUUCACCCCACAGAGAAUCGUCCAAAUGUUCUUCGAUUUUAUCAUGGGGAUGUCGUGGAAGGGGAUGGGCAUGCCGCGCCCUGGUCUUUAUGUCGGAAUGGCGGGUUCAAGUAUGCUUGCAUUAGCAUGCCUCGCAUCUGAUCGGGCGGAAGGCCAGAAAUGGGGCGAAAGGCAAGUGCCCAUCUACCCUCUGUUCAGCAAGGGGUAUUUGAAUCGAGAGGGGUGGACACUGGCCUUAUCGGAAGACUCUUACGCAUUUUGCCGGCAUAUGUAUAGAGAGGCAGAUGGAGAGGCAGAUGGAGAGGCAGAUGGGAAGUCCAUGGAGGUUCUGGACAUCGACAGUUUCCUCAGCGCAAUGGAAGCCGAGGGACAUCCUGCUGCGCUCUCAGCCUCCGUCGCAAAAUUGAAGGAGCUCAUUGCCGAAGUAGAGAUCAAGGUCAUGGAUAUGGAGGGAGCGAGAUUGUCCUCGCAAAUACUUGCGCGAAACGCUCACAGCUACGCAACGACAUUUCAGCGAUAG